CAGCUGGUAAUGACAGUAGAUAAUUUUGAAAAUGAAAUAAAAUUGCAUUGAAAGCGAAUAUAACCUAAUAAUUUAAAAAUGAAUUCUAGUUUAGUGUUUAGAAUGUGUAAUAGGCUAGUUUUACCAUCGAUGGUUGCGAGAGGAUAUGCUUACAAAACGAUAAAACGACCUGAUCCCAAAACUUUGAAAAUGCCUUCGCCGGCUUCUGCGCCAAGUAUAAUGGAUAUUAUUAAAGAGAAAAUACGACUUAACGGGCCAAUCACUGUGGCUGAAUACAUGCACAUAGUCAUUACAAAUCCUACUGAAGGUUAUUACAUGAAAAAGGAAGUUAUAGGCGAAAGCGGUGACUUCGUGACGUCUCCUGAAAUCACUCAACUUUUUGGUGAAAUACUAGCGAUUUGGUUUUGUGCUGAGACUCAGAAAAUGGGACCUAGCAAGCCCUUGCAGAUUGUAGAACUGGGGCCUGGAAAAGGCACGUUAUUGUUAGAUGUUUUAAGGGUUUUAAAUCGCCUGGGUUAUAAAGGAUCUGAUGUCAGUUUGCACCUUGUGGAGAUCUCGACAACAAUGCAAGCUAUACAAGCCAACAGAUUAUGUAUGUCUCAUAGACCAGUUGAUAUUGAUAUGCCCCACAACCAUGAGGGAGAAACAGUAAGUGGCAUCAAGGUAUAUUGGUACAAUGAUUUGAAGAAAGUACCCAAUGCAUUCUCCUGGUACAUUGCACAUGAGUUCUUCGAUGUACUUCCUAUACACAAAUUUGAAAAAACUGACAAAGGUUGGCGGGAACUCUUGAUAGAUCUAGAUAAAAAUAAUAAGUUAUACUAUAGAAUAUCUGGUGAGGAAACACAGUCAGUUAAGAUGUUGGUGAGGCCUCCAUUGGAUUCAGGAGACAGGACUGAGCUCGAGAUCAGUGCACGAGGUCUAGGAGUGGCCAGGCAGUUAGCCCAGAGAGUGGAUGAGUUUGGAGGCUUAGCAUUGAUAGCUGACUAUGGUCAUGAGGGUGAAAAAGGCGACACUUUCAGGGCUUUCCACAAACACCAACUGGUAGACCCACUUGAGAACCCGGGGGCCAGUGACCUUACAGCUGAUGUAGACUUUUCCCAACUCAGGAUAGCAGCAUCGAAAUCUCCUGGAGCUGAGAACUUUGCUUUAGUUGUAGGACCUGUUAAGCAGAAAGAGUUCUUGGAAAGAUGCCAGGCUGAAUUAAGGUUACAGGUCCUAAUGGAUAAUGCUAAAACUGAAGAGGAUAAAGAAAAAAUCAAAAGUGCUUAUGAAAUGCUUGUAGAUCCGAAAAAAAUGGGAGAGAGAUUUAAGUUUAUGGCAUUUUACCCGUCGUCAAUGGCUGAGAUACUCGACAAAUAUCCGCCCCUUGGAUUUUCUACCACCAAAUCAUAAGAUAUAAAAUGUGUUCUAUUUUUAUAGAAAUAAAAACUAUAGAUAUUUGCAACUUCA